UUACCGACGAGUGAGUUGACAAGGUUGAUAGUGGCGCCAUCCGUGGUAAAAUGCUCAAACUGGUAGCCAAAGGUUAUCGACGUGAAAGUUAACAAGGAUAGACAGUGGCGCCAUUAGUGGCAAAACGUUGAAACUUGACAAAUGUUACCGAUAUGGAAAUUCGCGCGGUUGACUGUGGCGCCAUUUGUUGACAAAUAUAUUAAAUGUAGCGUAUUAUGUGUUUAUGGUAAAUAAAAGGUUAGAACACAACAUGGACGAACAAGAUGAGCUUAUUGUUUGUGUACCUGGUCAAAGAUUAUGCGUUUCUGAUAAAAUUAAUAUACCUGGACCUGGGACUUAUGAGCAACAAGGUUAUAUUUACUCAAAACUUGCAGGUGUAGUUAAGUUGCUACCACAAGAGAAUACGCAUACGGUAGAAGUCCAUGGAAUAACAGAACAGAGCAUUGUUCCGGCACCUGGUGACAUAGUAACUGCAAUGGUUACUAUUGUUAAUCAGAGGUUCUGUAAAUGUAGCAUAAAGUGCAUAGGCGAUAUCGUAUUGACGAGACCUUACAGGGGGAUAUUGAGGAAAGAAGAUGUACGUGCAAUAGACAAAACUAAUAUACAAAUGUAUAAAUGUUUCAGACCCGGGGAUAUUAUCCUAGCCAGAGUUAUGCCAAUGACUGAAGCUCAUACUUAUCAAUUAAGUACAGCAGAAAAUGAAUUAGGUGUAGUGAUAGCGCAUAGCGAAGAAGGUGUGGCAAUGAUACCUAUAAGUUGGACACAAAUGCAAUGCCCUAAGACAUUACGCAAAGAAUAUCGAAAAGUUGCAAAAGUAAUUCCUGAACAUGUUAUUACAGAACAAUAAUUCAAUGCUAGAUUCACUUUUUUAAUUGUAAUUUCUUGUACAACUUAAAAUAAAUCGAAUAAUUUAUUAUAAAUGUAUUUCAAUGUGAUUACAAUCUUAUCGUAUAAAAUCUGCACACUGUUGCAACAAUCGAUUUUACCGGCUAAUAAACCUACAAAGUUCAAGAAAGAGGUG